AUGGAGCCCCGACAGAAAUCUGACAUCUCGCAUCUGAGCCGAUACGAAACCAAUGCUAGUAUCAUGAUCCCAAAGGAUGUGUUUGAGAAGAUGUACUUGACUCCCCAGCUGCCCGUCAAAGGACAGCUGAGGAAAACCUUGGGGAAUCCAACCCCAAUGGCCCUGCUGGGCUUUCUUUUGAGUACCACGUCUUUCGGCUGCGUGGCUAUGGGGUGGCGCGGAGCAGAGAUAGGCAAUUCUUUGAUUGGAGUAUACUAUUUCUUUGGAGGCACUCUGCAAGUACUCGGGGCCAUUUUUGAGCUCAUCAUUGGAAAUACCUUCCCUAGUGUCGUCUUCAGCACAUUUGAGCAGUACGGACUCGCCAAUUCCGGUGAUCCGGCAUCAUUCUACUCGAGUUUUGGAUUCUUCCUCUGUUUUUUGGGGGUCCUGUGCUUCAUGUUUCUUGUGUGCUCGCUGCGCACCAAUAUCGUCUUUGUAUUUAUCUUUGUGUUUCUCGAAGCCGGGGUUUUACUUCUCGCGGCGUCGUACUGGUACUUGGCCCAGGGCCUUCAGGAGGCAGCUCUGCGACUAGAGAAGGCGGGCGGUGCCUGCGUUUUUGUCUUUUCUGUCGCUGGGUGGUAUCUUCUUUUUUCCAUCAUGCUCCAGUCCGUUGAUUUUCCAAUCUCCCUCCCUGUUGGGGACCUCAGCACACGGUUUGAAGGAAAGUCAGCAAGGGAAAAGCGGGCAGCAGAAAUCGAGGUCUGA